AUGAUGCGCUGCACGGUAGUGUGGUGGGCCUCGCUCGCGCUUGCAGCAUGGCGCCCGCUGGUCGCCUCGGCGCUUCCGACCGACGAGCGUGAGCUCACGAGAUGGACCUUCCGCAAUGGCAACGGGUCCAUUGCGAUCCACAACGCUACGGUCCCCGGGGCAUCUCACGUGCAUCUUUGGUCGGCAGGCCUCAUUCCCGACCCGCACGAGCGCUACAAUGAGCGCGCGCUCGCGUGGGUCGCCGCCGAAAUGUGGCACUACGAGACGACGUUUGAGCUUCCGGAGCGCCGACCAUGCCACCUCCGCGCCGCCACGAUCGACGGACCCGCGACGCUCGUUCUCAACGGCGUUCCGGUCGCCGCAACCGCCAAUUCGUUCCUAGCGUAUGCAUUCGACCUCACCGCCUACGUUCGCGCGGGCAGCAACCAUCUUUCGUUUGUCUUUGAACCGCCGCUGGCCUACACGGCGCGCCUCGCGGCCGCGUAUCCGUACUACGUCCCGGCGACAGUCAACCCCAACACGUGGGCAGAGCCAACGCACCGCCCGUUUCUGCGCAAGGCCGGCAGCGACUUUGGCUGGGACUGGGGCCCCGCCUUUGUGCCCGUGGGGCUCGCAGGUCCUGUGCAUCUCGUGCUGCCGUCCGCUUGCACCGCCCGACUCGACGACUACACGGUCGACCAGACGCACGCGCCCGACAUGUCGUCUGCGCAUCUGGUGUUCCGUGGCUUUGUCGACGGCUUCUGCAACGAUACGGCAUUGGCACUGCAUGUGCGCCUCGGCAACGCCACGGUCGCCGUGGCCGUCGCUCCAUCGACGUUGACGCCGGCGCAUCUCGAGGCGACGUACACGCUUCGACACCCAGAGUUAUGGUGGCCUAACGGCUACGGGCGUCCACACCUGUACGACGUCGAACUCAUCUUGGCGACGACGUCGGGCACCCGCCUCGACGCCCGCCGAGGUCAACUGGGCAUCCGCUCCAUUGUGCUCGACCAGUCGCCCGCCAUUCCGCGCGGCCAUCACUUCCGCUUUGUCAUCAACGGUCGGCGCAUCUUUGUGCGCGGCGCCAACUGGGUGCCCUCCAACGUCUUCCCGACGACGACGAUGCACGCCACGCUUGCGCACCUCGUCACGAGUGCAACGACCGUGCACAUGAACAUGGUGCGCGUCUGGGGCGGUGGCCGGUACGAGUCGGACGCCUUCUACGCCUUCUGCGACGCCCACGGCCUCCUCGUGUGGCAAGAACUCAUGUUUGCCUGCGCUGCGUACCCGCGGGACGACUCGUUUCUGGCGACCGUGGCGGACGAAGUGCGGUAUCAAGUCCGACGACUGAACAAGUUUACGAGCAUCGUGGUCUGGGGCGGCAACAAUGAGAACGAGUCGAUCAUGGACCAGUUUGCCAACGGCUGGUUCCUACCGGACGGCUACGUCUUUAACCGAGACCGCGCCGUCACCGACUAUGUCAAGGUAUUUGUCGACACGGUGGCGCCCAUCGUCCUGGCCGCCGACCCCGGCCGUCCGUUUCUCGACUCGUCACCGUCCAACGGCGUUUUGAGCACGUCUCCGUACGUCAAGCGCUGGGAAAACACGUCCUCGGUCGACGACGGUGACGUCCACUACUACAACAUUGUCCGAGACUGCAUGGACUGGACGCAGUACCCGGCGGCGCGCUUCGUCUCGGAGUUUGGCUUCCAAUCGAUGCCGUCGGCGGUGGCGUGGGCGACGGUCACCGACGCAAGCGACUGGGCGACGACCGACGCCAUGCGCGCGAUGCUCGCCUUUCGCCAACGGUCGCCCAACGGCACCGAGCACAUCCAACACCAGCUCGACUUGCAGUUUGCCUCGUUGCCGACGACUGGAUCCGUGGCCGAGCGGCUGCGCGCGUACACGUGGCUCACGCAGGUGCAGCAAGGGCUCUGCUACGCGACGGCCAUUGGCACGUGGCGGCGUCUCGGGGCGACCGGCGUGCUCUACUGGCAGCUCAACGACGUCUGGGUGGGUCCGAGCUGGUCGAGCAUCGACGUUUAUGGGCACUGGAAAGCGCUCCAUGCGAUGGUCAUCGCCCCGUUUGCGCCCCAAGCGAUUGUUGUCCACGAAGACGCGACCUCGGGAAGUAUCUCGGCGACGAUCGUGAGCGAUGUCAACGCAACCACGUCGGUGCGCGUCUCGCUCUAUCGGUUCUCCGCUGCCGCCAUCCCGCUACAGGUGCUUGAUACAACGGUGGCCGUGGAUUCCGAGAUGGCGGUGGUGGCGUGGCAUGCCGACAACGUGACGGACCUCUUGGCGACCCACGACUGCAACCGCGCGGCGUGCUUCCUCACGGUCGCCAGCCCAUCGGUGGACGAUGAGGUGUAUCACUUUUUUCGACCGUUUAAGGACCUCCCGCUGCUGCCAGCCGUCGUUGUCACGACGGUUGUCGAGGCGAAUGCGACGUCGUGGUCGUUCCAAGUCUCUUGCGCGUCGGGUCACCUUGCCUUGUUUGUGACACUCGAGACCGCAGUCGUCGGGCAGUGGAGUGCAAACGUGAUGCACCUGCGCCCAGGGAGCUCGCGUCUUGUGGUAUUCUGGCCGGCGACGCCGGCGCCACUCGCACCGGUGACGACGACACAUCUCUUUGACGCGUACACGCCAACGACCCACGACACGAGUGUUGACUAAGAC